GAGAGGAUCAUAGAGAAAAAGCUCUCUGGCUACCGACACGGCUUACGACUUUGUCGAAUUCACAUACCAACAUCAAACCGAACCGGGGUCAGCGGACAAACGCGAAAAAACUGGAAAAUUGUAGGAUUAAAUGAUUUUAUGGAUUAAUUUGAACCUUUUCUUUCGUCGAAAGAAAACAGUCUCAACUUGACUUCAUAGAAUCGUUACGCUGGUCACCGAAGAGGAGCCCAGAGGACUGGGAACGAGAUGAAGACUCCGGAGGAGCCGCCCUACCUAACAGUGGGCACUGAUGUCAGUGCCAAGUACAGAGGUGCUUUCUGUGAGGCCAAGAUUAAGACUGCCAAGAGACUGGUCAAGGCAAAGGUGACCUUUAAACCAGACCUGACCACAGCAGAGGUCCAUGAUGACAGCAUCCAAGGCCCUCUGAAGGUUGGUGCUGUAGUGGAGGUGAAGAACCCCGACGGAGUGUACCAGGAAGCUUCCAUCAACAAGCUGACUGACUGCACUAUAUACACUGUUGUGUUUGAUGAUGGUGAUGAGAAGACACUGAGGCGUUCCUCUCUCUGCCUGAAAGGAGCACGUCACUUUGCAGAGAGCGAGACACUAGAUCGUCUCCCUCUCACCAACCCAGAGCACUUUGGCACUCCUGUCAUCGGCAAGAAGGGGAACCGUGGACGCAGGUCCAAUCCAGUGUGA